AUCAAGAAAACAGUGAUAUUAGCAAAAAAAUAUGUAGCAAAUGUAAUAGUUGGAAUUUCUUUGUGAUUAAGAAAUUUAAAGAACUAAUGAACGUUUUUUAGACAACAGCUAAGAACUAUUAUCUUGUCGAAUUGAAAUCAUAUUUUGCCGUGGGUAGAUUUGUGUUCGUUUUAGUUCAUGCCAUGUGAAUAUUAUUGACCGAGAGAAAUCUUCGUUUCAGUUGUACUUUACAAGAAGACAAUAUGACUGAUGAAGGAGAUGGACUGGUGUGGUUGCAGGAGCUACUGCGGGAACUGGAGCUGGAACAGUUCCUGUCCAGGAUACGGGAUGAUCUCCAGGUGACGCGGCUGACACACUUCGACUAUGUGCUGGUGGAGGACCUGGAGCGAGUCGGGAUGGGAGGUCCGGGUGCACGGAGGCUCUUGGAUGCCAUCAAGAAGAAGCGCGCGGCGCAGCGGCGGCGUAGUCUGCUCACUAAGCUUAUACCGGCCAAGAGUGGGACUAGUGGAACUCUAGGCAAGUCCCGCUCAGAACCGACUGCUCCUGCUCUCUCUCUCACCUGCCUUAUACAAGAGAAGGACGUCAGCCUAGGCAACAAGCUGGGCGAUGGAUCAUUCGGAGUGGUGCGGCGAGGCGAAUGGAGUGCUCCUACUGGUCGGCUAGUGUCUGUGGCGGUCAAGGUGCUCAAGGCCGACGCACUAACACAGCCAGGCGUUCUGGAAGAUUUCGUCAAGGAGGUGCAGGCCAUGCACCAGCUGGAUCAUCCUCAACUCAUCAGACUGUACGGUGUGGUGCUGACACAGCCCAUGAUGAUGGUGACCGAGUUGGCCAACCUGGGCUCUCUGAUAGAGUACCUACGUAAGCAAUGUGGUCACAUGCCUAUCACCACACUCUGGGACUACGCAGUGCAGGUGGCCACAGGUAUGAUGUACCUGGAGUCCAAGAGGUACAUACAUCGAGACCUCGCCUGUCGCAAUGUCCUACUGGCCUCUGUCGAUAAGAUAAAGAUUGGAGAUUUUGGCCUGAUGCGAGCAUUACCUCAAGCAGAAGAUUGCUAUGUGAUGACAGAACAUAGCAAGGUUCCGUUCCCAUGGUGUGCCCCAGAAUCACUGAAGGCGCGCAUGUUCAGCCAUGCCAGUGAUGCUUGGAUGUUUGGAGUUACUCUGUGGGAGAUGUUUACGUUUGGCGAGGAGCCGUGGCUUGGCCUCAAUGGCGCCCAAAUCCUGCGUAAGAUAGACAGAGAGGGAGAGCGCCUCCACCAACCCGACGCCUGUCCCCCGGAAUUCUAUCAGCUGAUGAUGCAGUGUUGGAGUAAGGUGCCCAGUGAGCGGCCUACAUUCGCAGCUAUCCGAGAGUUCUUGCGCCAGAGGCCUCCGCCAGUGAUGAAGGCCCUGACACGAUUGAACGAACAGGACCGCCUGCAGGUGGAGCCUGGGGACCAGGUGGCUAUUGUGGAUGGCCGGCCGGAGUUAUACUGGUGGCUAGGGCAGAACCUGCGUACAUUCCACAUCGGCAAAUUGCCCAGGUGUCUGGUAGACCCGAUGAGGCGUAAGGAUCCGUCAGAUAUCAGUAAACCUCUGAGCAACUCCUUCAUCCACACGGGUCAUGGGGACCCUUGGGGCCAGUCAUGGGGCAGUCCUUCAGAAAUAGACGAGGUAUACCUGCGGAACCCCAUGGAGCCGCCGGAUGUGCUGGGCAUCCCGGAGUCCAGUCCUGUCGCUUCAGUGCGAACUAAGCGUGAGGUAUUUUUAACACUAGUUCAUAUUUUGAUACAACACAUUUCAGGUGAGGUAGAAAGAGUUUUAUCAGGUUUCGACUCCAAACGUCUGCUAGGUGUUUUACCAGAGCUUGAGAUGCCAGUGUGGUUGACUCGUCUGUUGACAUUGUAUCCUACAUUAGGUCAGACUACCCACUUGUUGCAAAGGCACACGGCUCGAGGGCAGUUUGAGUAUUCUAAACUGCGUGAUGAGAAAACCUCCCGCUCCAAGCCUCAAGGUGGAAGCAGCAGUAGCAGCGGAAACACUGACUCCCGGGUUAUCCGUCCUGCUCCUGGGCGUCCCCCAGAUCCUGUGCCACCGCAGACAGACGCUGUACUGAUAGACUUUGGCGGACCUCCUCCUCCUGCUCCAGCCCCCCCGCCAGCGGGGCACAGCCCUGGCACCAGCCUGUUGGACGAGCCCAUUGAUGUUUCUGAGAAUGGGUCAGAUACGGAUUACUGGAGUACAACAGAAUCAGUAGCAGUAGAGGAGCAGCGUAGCAGCAGCUACGUCAACUGCCAGAACCACACCGGACCUCUCUCUCCCGACCCGUUUGAUACGUCCAGAGUGUACAGUCCAACACGGUACUAUUCACAUGUCAGUGUAGAGAAUGUUCCCAAGGACAACUCCGUGCCCUCCAGGCCCUAUUGCAACGCAGAGCUUGAGGAGUCCCCGGUGAAGAAAUUAGAUCCAAAGUUUAUUUCUGAACUUGAAAAACACCUGGGUCAGAAGGAAGCCAGUGCAAAUACUCACAACACCUGGAACCACUGUGCGGCAAAAAGUGCAUCAGGUGAAUCGAUUCCCACCUUAAAUCCACCGCCACAGUCAAUGGGUGCGAGAUCUCUGCAGCGUAAACCGUCCAAUGUCGCAGCACCGAAUUACUCACCGCUCCCGGUGGGAUCUCUGGUGCAAAACUCUUGGUCCACAAAGAGUGUAAACCUUCGGUCAGAUAGCAAUCGGAAUUCCAGAUCACAGAGUGUCUGUUUGCCGCAGAGUUUCACACCGACACUCGCCAGUCAACCCGGAGCAGAACUGAGGUACGGAAACCUCGGUACGGGAGACUUCGGUUCUACUCCCAACGUGAAUGGUGACGCAAAGAACGUGAAAAGUUUUGAGCAGAAUCUGAGUGAAUCGGAGUCACUUGUCAACAAGAUGUGGAUCAGCCAACAGCAGAAUGACAGGGAUAAGAGGAACGUACACAUGUACGGGACAACGACAAGGAACUCUCAAUCCAGUUCCAGCUCUCAGCCACACCAGUACGACCCUGUAGACUCUGGGUGGGGUGUCUACGCGCAGACUCCAGCCACAACCUCUCAGCCCACUAAUUCUGUCUACUCAUACGCUGUGACGGCGGGUAAUGAGAUGAGGGAGAACAAGCUGAGGCAGCUGAUAGCAGCGGUGGGGGCAGAGGGGGUGGUGCAGGAGGAGGAGUGUCUGGCAGCCCUUCAGGACCACAACUGGGAAGUGCCGGCAGCGCUCAAGCAACUCAAGCUGGACACUCUGACCAGGUUAGGGCUGGCCUCAAGACACCAGUGCGAGGCAGCAUUACACAAGUGUGACUGGAGCGUGGAGCAGGCCGCUUCUCUCAUCCUGGACUCUGUCAAAAGCUAGCAUCAGCCGUAACAUAACCUAAACUAAACUAUAUCAUUGUUAAACAGAAAUAGGCUAUAUUUUGUAACGUGUUAAGUGUCAGAUGUUGCCUAGUUGGUUGUUGUUGUUUUACAAACUUUUCUGUUUUAUUAGACAAAACGCUGUAAUUGAAUUUUAUCGGCUACUUUGUGUACUCAAGUGGUAAUAUUCUAUAGUCCCUGGCAAUUUGGUUUUUCCAAUGGUUUCUUUCAACACUUAAGUACAUUUGUAAAUCCCAUUUAAUGUACUGUAUCUUAUUGGUUUAUAAGGACCAUUAAAUACAAAUUAUCUAAGAUCUAUUAAUCUUAAUUUAAUCAUUUGAAAGGUUAAAAUUUAGAUUUAUAAAACUGCAUUUUGUUGAUUCUUUAAACUGAAAAAAAUUUAAAGUAGGCAUAUGAAUUUAUGAAAUCAGCAUUUCUUCCUUUCUUUUUUUUAAGAAAGAACCAUAAAAUAUUGAAAAUUUAAAAAUCAUUACCGAAAGUAAAUGAUUUUUAUAAAUAAAUUGUUCAGAAAAUUUAGGUUUCAACUGAUAUUUUAAUUUAUUCUUUAUUUAAGUAACUAUCACAUAGUGGUUCUUUAAAUCAGAACCAUGCAAUCAAUACUGAGUAAUUACAAUUAUUUUUGUUUUGAAGUAAUUCAGACCAAAGUAAACGUUUUCAACAUUCAGAAAUCAGUGUAGUUUAUAUCUUUUGCAAGAAAGUAUUUUAUGUAAAACAUUAUUUUAUUGUAAUACUUAAAUUCCGUGUAAUGGUAGAAUUAAUCAUUGACUAAUGAAAGUGUUAUUACAGUUGUUGAUUUUAAUUAAGAUAAGACUCUAAAAUUGUCUCCAAUUCAAACAAUAUGUAUACAGGAAAUGUUAUAAAUUUUUAAUAUAAAAGGAAUGGUUCUAGCCCAUUAUUCCUUGUCUUGUUUAUUAGUUAGGGUAAGUUUCAUUGGUUAUAUCUUAGCACAUCUCUGUACAUAGCCUGGUUUUAUGUAUAUAAAAUGUUACAUUUUCUUUUUUAUAUACGUUUUUUUUUACUGAUAUUAACUGAACAACAACAUAUACACAUUAGAUAGUAGUAAUGAUCAUGUUACACUUGUUGUCGUAAGUUGUAGCAUGAAGGUCCUUCGUGCCGAUAGCUUCUUAGUGAAAACUCUAUGUGAUAUACCAUAAAGUAGCUUGACAUAGUUGCAUUAUAGCACAGUAUUUUGUAGAAGGACCUUUAUGCUAUGUUUUCUACUAUGCUGUGAUAAAUGUACAAAAGCACAAAAAUGUUUUGUUCUCUUCGGUUAUUGUCCUUGACCUAUAUGUGUGUAUUUUUUUACAAGAGGCAUACCCAGAAAGUAAGUAUACUGAGGCUGUCACGGCCGGAAGUGUUUUUUUCUGAUAUGAUACAUACAUUGCCGAGUAGCCUGAUUCCUCCCCUCUGCAAUGAGACCAGUUCAAGGUCAUUACAUCGAGAACUGUUCAUUUCAAACAGUACGUUUAGUGAAAAAUGUUAAUUCAAUCUCCUGCGGCGUUAUCCGUUAUCUCAGAAGGGAAAAUCUCUGGUUGAGGUUAAUAAUGAGGUAAAAAAACUGAAUAUGGUGAAAAAGCUAUGAAUUGUGCGAAUGUGUUCAAGUGGUGUAGUGAUUUCUAAAACGAUUGUACGUCUGCAUCAUGAUCAGAGGAUGGGAAGACCUUCAAUUUUGACUGACAGGCUUUAAAAAAUGAAUAUGCGUUCUGUAACGAUCAUAGAUUGACUUUGGAUGAAUCUUUUGUGCUAUUUUCCAGAUCUUUGCUACAAAAAACCAUCACAGUAAACCUCAGAUAUUGGAAUUUGUCCGCGAUGUGUGUCCCAAAAGAGCUGACAGACCAACACAAGUUGAAUUGAGUGGAGGCCGGGCCAUAGAUAUUUAGACACUACGAACUGCACGGAGAUUAAUUUCUGGCUCCAUCAUUUGGAAUUGUGCAAUUUUUAUAAACCUCAACUGGAGUUUUUCACUUUUAAACGAAAUAACGUAUGACGCUGCGCUUUCGGCGGGAAAGUGGAUUGACUUUUGUUGGGAAACUUAUUGUUACAUUGAAAGUUCUCGAACUAACCUCAAACUGAUCUCUUUGCGAAGGGGAGGAAUCAGGUUACACGGCAAUGUAUCCAACACACAUACAUAUAUAAAACACUUUUGGCCUUGAGAGCCUCAGUAUAUUUACUUACUGGAUAUGCCUUGAACAUAUUUAAUUUGUGCAGUGAAUAUAAUAUGUCAAAAAGUCCUUUAAUAUUUCUUAUGUCACCUGAACGCACACCUGAAUGUUGGUGUUUUGUUGUUUUUAAGCAGUAUAUCAUUAAAGUAAUUAUACACUUAUGAAUUUAAAUUAGUAAUUAGUAUUUAUUGUACAGGGAGAUUGCUUGGAAGCAUAGUUUUAGUUAAAAUUAAGGAAACGUUGUUUUGUAGGUACUGUUUUAAAACAAAUUUUCUAAGUUACUGUAUUGGUGUUUUAGAAAUUAAAAUCCUCUUAUAUUUCAGUACUUUUUAUCUUUUGUUAGUUUAAAGUAUAAAAAAAUGUAUCAUGUGGCACCUAGGAUAAAGAAAGCAUACAUCUGAAAGUUGUUUAACGGUAUUUAUAUAACUUUUGUGCUAAAAGCGCGAAUUGAUGUUUUUAUAUUGUUUUAAACUGAUAAAUUUAAGAUUUCUUGCCAAAAGUGGUGUUUAGGGAAGAGAUGCCUUUUUUUUCAUUAUUUUAUGUAAUGAUAGAAGAGCCAUCACCACUCAUCAGGCACAUGAGCACACUCACUUAUUUCCUAAUACAAGAACACACAAUACAACAGUAUGGUAGUCUGUUUAAAAUAUUAUUUUACACUUUUAUUAUUGAUCCGUUUUUUUUUUGUAUAAGAAAUUAACAACGUAAAUUAUGUUAGCUUAUAUAUUUAUUUGUAUAAUUAUAUAUACAUGCUGUUUUAUAGUAAAUACUUAUAAGACAAAUUUCGAUAAAUCAAACACAUAUAAUACUCAUAAAUAAAACUAAAAGGCCCCUAUAUUACUAUAAUCACGAAGUUUGGAAUAAAAUAUUUUAAAAACAAGUAAACUAAGUGAACCCUGUAGCAAGAUGAGAGGUCACAAAUUUGAUACCGAAGGAGCUUUAGAAGAUUUGUGGUUAAAAUAAUAAAUAGUAAUUACAAAGCCUGCAUAGUUAAAGGCAAAUCUUAUAAAAAUAUUUAAAAGAAUAUAUUCAGAACAAAAUUUAACUUAUAAAUGAAUUUUUAAAAUUAUUUUAAACAAAAAUAUAGGCCAUAAAAAUUUGGUAUUAUUACAACUCAAAGAUAAAGGUCAACAUUUUUAAUAAUGCAUAAAAGUGUUUACGCAUACGUAUUUUAAUUAUGUUAUAAACGUAUUUACGUAUGUGUAUUUUAAUUAUGUCAAACUUAAUUAAUAAACGUAUUCCUAAUUUGUAGGAAUGUUCACCACGUUUAUUAGUAUAUGUUGAUAUUAUACGUUAGAGAGGAUUGAUUUGGUAAGAGAACCCUGUUACCACGACGCUGGGAUCUGCUGUGACUGACCCCUGUUACCCCAGGUCAUUCUGAGGCUCUUGAUAAUCCACAAGGUACUUCAAGGAGCUAAAAAUAUCACUUUAGAAAAGCCCUGUGAAGGUGUCUCCACGUAGACAAGGCAAUCACUUCUCAGUCACAGAUGAUGUGUAAAGUAUUCUCUUCGAACUGAGCAGCAGGGACACGUAUACAACUUAGAAAUACCCAUCUUAAACAGCAGGGGAGUUUGGGGGGGGGGGGUUUGUGGAAGCUUUCACUUGUCUCAGACCUAGGAAGCAUUUCCUAUAGAGAGAAAUGCAUUUCAAUACAGCUUCACUAUUUGAUAGGAUUUUAGCUCCUUUGGUUUUCUUGGUAGGUUGAACCAGGUACACGGAUGUAUUUGCAAAUAUUUGUGCUUAAAAGACAGUUGGGAAGGAUAUCAGUCCCUUAGAGGAGAAGAAAUUGGGGUAUUGUCUUUCACCCCACCACACCUUUAUUCUUUCUUGAUCCAUCCAUGUAUCAGAUCUGAACUCCCUUCUAAAAAGAGGGAUCACCGUGGCUCUUUGGUAUGAUCCCUAGAGAAGAUGAUUAAAUCAGAACUGUUUCAGUGUAGUAACCGAGCUGGAUAUGCGUGGUUAAAAUUAUUGAUUUAUACUUACUUUAGGUACUUGAAGUACUUGACUUCCUUGAAUUCAUCCCUUGAAACAGAGUCGUCUCACUCUUCUUAAAGCUGCAGGGGAGACAGGACAUACAAGGGUUCUAGAGCUGCCAUGGUAUAGGAUGGCUUCACUGACACACAGACAAGCUAUGCGCUGAAUGCCAUAACGUCCAUCCAUCACAGGUUUUUGCUCCACCUUUAUCUUCUAAUAAGAAAAUAUGGAACAUUGUUCAAAUUUACUAGAUGUACUUUUCAACAUAUACAAAACGGUAGCAAAUUGACUGAAAUCGAUAAUAUUUUUUUAUAGGUCAAUAUAAAAUAUUGCUUUACUUAAAAAGACAACAUGUCUUACAAUCCCAAAAUUAAUUUUGUUUUAUUAACUAAAUUCAAAUUUAUAAGUCUUUCCACUGAAAGAAAAAUAAAAAAAAGUUUAUUAGCAAAAACUUAAAGUAGGUAAUAAUUUGCUAUGUUUAUGUUGGUAAUUUUUGAAAAAUGCUUUUCUGAAAAAGCAAUAAAUUAUUACAAAGUGUACAAUUAAUAAUUAGACCAGAUAAUUAGGUUCUUCUAGUGAUUAAGUUCAGGUGGGAUGCAUACAUGAUCUUUAUUCUUACUCCAUAUAAUUUGUUUCGAUGUACUCUCAUUUACUUCUAGGUAAUUAAUUUGACAGUAGUCCAAUGCCACAUUCAUUGCAAUAUAAUAACUUAUUUCAAGGUUGUCAGGAGCAUUUUUACUCAGCAGUAAGACAGUGUCAUCAGCAUCAUACAUUAUUUGUUUUCCAUUUCCUACCAUAUAUCUUGUGAAAUCAUUUGUAAACAUUAUGUACAGGACUGGUCCACUGACCCUAGUGGUACUCCUCUGUUCACAUAUAAGGGUUCAGAUAUUACUGUAUCUGUUUUUUGCCAUUGUUAUGUUUUACUUCCACUAAUUGUUUCCUAACAGUGAUGUAGGAAUGAAAUAGUUUCAGAGUCGCUCCAUAUAUACCUAGAUGUGCAAAUUUCUUUAAAGGAGGUCAUGAUCCAGCAAGCAAAAGCCUUACUGUAGUCCAACGAUUGCUGAUUGGGUUGACUUUCCAUUUGUGAAACCAUGUUGUUCUUUAUUCUGUAAGCCAUUCGUUUUUAAGUGAUGGUGUAAUCACAUUACAUUUUUCUAACACUUUGGAAAACGUUGAGAGAGAGAUAUUGGGCUAUAGCUAUUACAGUCAGUUUUAUUACCCUCCUUAAGUUCAUGUUGUACCCUGGCUAGUUUAAGGUCUGUUGGAAAUUUUCCUUAAAGCAGUGAUUUAUUUAUGAGACAUACAAAAGAUGGUAUUUCAUUGACUCCAGUCAAGAAUUUUUUUUCAUGGUUUGGAUUAUUUCUAUUGCCUCCUUGGAACUUACACAUGUAGUAAAUGAUUAGUCUUAUCAGAAUAGGUGUUGAAACUUGAUGUAAAAUACCUAAGCAUAAAAAUACAAAUAUUUUGUAAUUACAAAUUAGAUGAAGCAACACAAGAUGAAAAUCAUACAACAAACUGACGUAAUGUAUACAUCAUUUACUAUAUAUACACACUUAAGACUAUCCAAAUACGUUAAUUUCACCCCAAAAUAUAUCAAAACGGUUUUCAUUUUACAAAUUAAUUCAACUAGACAUGAGUCGCUGGAUGUUAUAGAGAAGCACGUGUUUACUUGACAACCAAAUUUUAAAGAAAGUCUAAAGAAAUCCCCUGGAUUUGUCACAAAAUAACCAUGCAUUUAAAAAAAUCUGCUCUUUUCAGUGACGUAAAGUUCACUUUUUCAAAAUUGAAAUUUCCUUUAGUACACUUGGAAACGUAGGUAGAUUUUUCACUUAUUCAUGGUUGGCUCUUCUUUAUAUGUUUCUAAAAUCAAGUGAUUAGGUUUAUCAAAAAUUUAAAUAUCUACUCAUAGGGAACAUGCAGAUAUCGUAAUUGCCAGGGUUAAACAUCUGAUAGUUAAAUACGUCAUAGGUGAAGAUGACACAGUGACUAAAUAUGAGCCACUGACCACUGUGGGGUGAACGUACAGGAACUCAGAAUAAAGGUUAAAAAGGAUGCUAUAGCUUUAGUUCAAAAUUCGGUACUGAAAGGAGAUACAAGUUCAGAUGUAUUCCUUAACUUUAUUAAUUAUCAUGUUACGUGAUUGAUUUUUUUUUCUUUAGCAACCAAAGAUGUUGCUGUAAGUUUUUAGGUAUUUUGUGAUAAUAUCUGUAAUUGUACUGAUGUAACUGUGUAUACAGGUAUCAACAUCACAUUAUAUUAAUUCUAUAAAAUAUUAUUAAAUAGUUCAAUAAUUAAUAUCAAUAUAAAUAUAUAUUUGCAAGGUGGUUUUAUUUUGUAGAUUUAGAUUUGUCAUCGUCCAUUUGUUAACAUUUCACGGUAAAUAUGUCGAGAUGUUAUUUUUUUACUGUAAUAUAUUUUUGCAUUUAUUUGUAGAGAGUAAUUGUAAGGACUGAAGAUCACAAGUAGUUUUUUAUGUUUCAUCCUCUCUUUUAUCAUCUAUUCAUAGUGAACAUUGUUGUACUUGUUGUUUUGACUAUUUCUAUCAUUGCAAGACAACACUUCCCUAAUCUUUAAACGAUGUUAGACAUUACAUCACAAAAUACACGUUUUAUAAACAAAUCUUGUAGUGCGUAUGAAUUUAAAAAAAGGAUAUGCAUUAUUAAUCAGUAUUGCUCUACAUUUAUGGAAAAGAUCUUGAAUACAAAAUUAUAUUGGUGUGCGAGAACUUGAAGUUUUAAAUCAUAUUUAAGAUGAUUUAGUAAAUAAAUUAUCUAUAUUUCAAAUCUGUGUAGUAAAAUUGGGUUUCUUCAUUUUUUAUUUCAGAACAUAUGUUGCUUUCUGGACAGUUUUUGUUAAAUUAAUUAAAAUAUAUAAUUAUUUUGUUCUUUAUCUUCAUAAAAAUUACUUAAAACUUAUAUUAUUAUUUAAAACUACAUCUUUUUUUGUAAUUAUAUUUUAGAGUUUUUGUUGCUAUUUUUUAGUUUUAGGAAUGCUUUAGUUUUAGAUUUUGUAUUCUAAUAUGCUACUUUACUUAAAUUGAAUUUCAGUAAGCAUUCUCACACACCCUUACAAAAAUAUUCAUAAUUUUUGAACUGUGAAGGAAUAGACUUCUAGAGUAAAGUGUAGAAUUGAACAAUUGAUAUUGAGGCUAGACCCCAAAUACAAUAUAAAUAGACUUUUAAUGUAGUAAUUUCCGGUUUGUCAACAUUCUUAAAAACUGCUUAACUCUCCAAUGAAACCCAAUGUUCAAUGACCCCGUGAUUACAAAGUAAUACUCGUCAAAGUAAUUCCCAAUGUAGGUGCUGGUUGGCAACGAUAUAUAGAAAAUGCAGUGCAAUAUGUUCACUUUUAAUUUUUUUACUCAUUUACUCAUCGUGUAUGUCUUAACUCUUAUUUUAUUUAUUUUCAAGCCAUAAUUUUGUGAUUUCAAGUAAACCUAACUGCCUAGUUUUCGUAAGUAUAGAAUAGUUAAAUUGUUCAAGGGUAUAAGAUUCUAAUGUGUGUUACCAGAAAAAUGUGAUUGUAAACCUUGUAAAAUUUGUUAAAUCGUAAUGCACAAUUCCAAAUAUUAACUUUUCUAUUCUUUAUUGUCUUUAAUAAAGAUAGGUUAAUUGGUAAUUAAUUCGUGACCCCACCUGAUUUUUCUCUAUGUGCUCAUUGUCUUCAUUACUUAGUGUUAUUGAUUAGUUGGGUAAAAAGAGAAUUUUAAGCCAAAACGUACCACAUAGGCUAAAACGUGUCUGUUGCUACUUUGUGAGCGCUAGUUGUCUGCCUUAAAUAAUUAUCUAUGCCUACCGCAGUAUUAGCGACUACACUUGUAUACUCAUGUUUAUUUUGUAAAUAAAUGUUAAAAAGGUU